UUCAUCGAGCAACUGUGUAACUGUGAAGAUGUCCGGCAAAGUUGAGUACUUGGAAAACAACGACGGCACCAAGAUCCAACCCAUUGGAUUGGGCACCUUUGCGUCGGUGGAAGGCGAUUGCGAGCGGGCCGUUCUCCAUGCGAUCGAUGUGGGCUACCGGCACAUAGACACCGCCUACUUCUACGGAAACGAGGGUGAAGUGGGUGCGGCGGUGCAGAAGAAGAUUGCCGAGGGCGUUAUCAAGCGAGAGGACAUAUUCAUUACCACCAAGCUUUGGUGCCACUUCCACGAACCGGAAAGAGUGGAGCACGCCUGCCGCAAGACCUUGGAGAAUCUUGGACUGGAGUAUGUGGACCUCUACCUGAUCCACUGGCCCUUCUCCUACGCCUAUUAUGGGGACAACGAAAUGAUUCCCAAAGAUGCCAAUGGAGAGGUGGAACUCGUUGACAUUGAUUACGUGGAUACCUAUCGUGCCAUGGAGAAGCUGGUCGAACUAGGACUUACCAAAAGCAUCGGCGUAUCCAAUUUCAACUCGGAGCAGUUGACUCGCCUUUUGGCUAAUUGCAAGAUCAAGCCAAUCCACAAUCAGAUCGAAGUCCACCCAGCGUUGGACCAGAAGGAACUGAUUUCGCUGUGCAAAAAGAACGACAUUGUGGUGACCGCUUUCUGUCCGCUAGGCAGACACAAUGCGGAGCUAAGGACGCCCACUUUUAUGUACGAUGGCAAGGUACAGGCCAUUGGCAACAAAUACAAUAAGACCAUUGCACAAGUACUGAUCCGAUAUUUGAUUGAACUUGGCACCAUUCCCCUGCCCAAGUCAUCCAAUCCCAAGCGAAUCGAGGAGAACUUCAAUGUCUUUGAUUUCAAACUGGAUGCCAAGGAUCAUGCCAUUUUAAAUUCGUAUCACACUGGCGAACGAGUGGCUCAUGCUCGCCAAGCCAUCAAGAGCAAAUACUAUCCAUUCAACGUUUACAGUGCUUGUUUUUAAUAUUUUAAAUAAAUGAAUAAAUUAUUUUUAAACAACAAU